AUUAUUGAUUGUUCUAUUCGUCGUCUCUUGGAAAAUCAUUCCAAUAUGAGCAAGUCAGAGCUGGAAGUUCAAGUUUGGUUCAUCAAUCUCAUUCACAAUGAGAAAUAUUUCACGGCGAGAUGGGCCAAAAGAUAUAGUGAAGUCACUGGAAUCGAAGUUGAAUCGUUGAUCAAAGGAACAAUUCUCUUUCUUCUUGGAUUGUUGCUUGUGCUCAAAGAGCCUCACUACUUGGCAAACGGACUACUCGUAAUUGCUCCCAUUAUUUUGACAUACUUGGGACCAUCGGAUAGACCUGAAACAGGAAUAAUGUUCAUUUAUUGGACAAUUUUCGGAUUUUUUUAUCUUUUCGAUCGAAUCUUGGAGUAUAUUCCAUUGUAUUAUAUCAUCAAACUUGCCGUAUUCAUUGGACUUUUCUUGCCACCAUCUAACCCAACUAUCGAAUUGAUUCAUAAGAAAGUCUUCAAUAUUCAAUAGAAAUUAAUGAGUGAUUGAUAUUUUAUGAUAUUAUGUUAUAUUAUGAGAAGAU